AUGGCUGCGAAAACUGAGGAAGAGAAAGCUCCAAGAUCUUCAGAGAACCUGACGUGUCCACUAUGUAUUGAUAUCUUCGACGAAGCAACCAUUCUGACUUCAUGCGGACACACCUUCUGUCGGAAAUGUCUCAAGAACUAUGACCUGUCCCAUCAGGAUCUUGAUCACAUGAUCUGUCCUCUCUGCAGGAAGAUCACCAAGUUGUCUGCGAACCGUGUUGCUGAUUUCCUCACCAAUGUGACUGUCAACGGACUUGUACACAAUUACCACGCCGAGUGUGGAGGGAUGAACGCUGUCCUUGAAAUGCGCCCAAAAUGCACUGCUUGCAUGCUUCAGCAAGAUGCUGUCUCAUUCUGCUGUACAUGUAAUAACUACAUGUGUGAUAAUUGA